AUGCGACUCUUGGGGCUCGAGGCAAGGAGGACACUUGGGGAAAGGACGAGAGGCAACCAGGCGGUACUUCAGGUGAGGGGACGAGGUGGCAAGGAGGCGGCACUUCAGGCGAGGAGGCGGCACUUCAGGCGAGGAGGCGGCACUUCAGGCGAGGAGGCGGCACGUACGGCAAGGGGAGAGGCGGAGGAACGUGAGGGAGUGGUUGAUGGGUUGGACGAGGGGAUGCAUGACUGGGAUGCGGUGGGAAUGAAAAGCGGAGACACUGCCCUCCACGCACCUCCUCUUCCCGCCUCUGACGCCCAACCUGACCUGCACUCCGUCCUCAUUCCCUUCCCACCAUCGACACUCAAGGAGGGGGGAGCGGCAGCAUGGAGAGGAGUCAACGCCGUCACCGACACUGAGCAGAGCGGAGCGGGGCGGAGCGGAGCAGCAGAGGAGAGGAGCUUCUCGGCAACGCUCGGCCAGGUUCAUAUGCACAACAUGCAUGGGGAGUCGAAGACCCCCCCCCCUUUCCUACCCUGGCUGUGCAGUCGGAUGAGCCUCACCCCGCCUCCACCUGGGCCGGGCUCUGCCUGGUUUGAGCGAGGCUUGAGAGACGUCUCAUGUCCUCCUCGUGCCACUGCGGGGUUGCGGAGUGGAGGUGGACUGCACGGCACGCCAGCAACGGUCGUGGUGGUGGUGGGUGUUGUCCCACACGAAGGGUCCCCACCUCAACGUGGUGUGUGGGUGUAA